CAAGGCAAUAAAAUAGUAUUUCAAAGUUUGCCUGUGUUAUGGUUUACUAUAAGAGGUGCCGGUGUCUUCUUAGUUGUCUACUUGGUUAAUAAGCGUUAUGUAUUAGAUACAAGAACGCUGUUACGAAGGAUCAACUACGGAGUCGCGCAGAUGGCCAUCAUUGCGUGCUGGUUGCUUUCUGGGAUGAUGUUGUCCGUCGCUUUUUGGAUAAGUGAUUACUGCGUGGAUCCUGUACAGUCUUUAAAUAAUUAUCGUGAAGAGACUAACAUUAUUCCAAAAUUGUACCGGAACGAAUCGACAUUGAAUAUUUUAUUAGAAGGUAGAGAAGAGCAGCGGGUGUAUGGUAGAUUUAGAGAUAAAAGCUUCACCUAUGAGUUCGCAUCUAAUGAAGUACUGAAUGGCAGACAAGUGAACCUCACUGUGUACUACGUUGACAUGGGUGUCAAUGCCUUAUUCAAUACUGCUUUCUCAAUCCUACCCGACGAAUACGCGACUUCUAUGAGAGAAUUCGAAGCCGAUUACGAAUCCCACAAAAACAUGACCUACUACAUGGGAGAUUUAAAAUUACCUCAUUGGUUCUUAUCAACCACUACGACUGCCUGUUUCUACGGAGUGGAGAGUGCAAAACAUAAUUUCGUAAUGACGGCGGUGCUCGCGCUGUUGGUCACCCUCUUGGUAAUUCUAGUUUGUCGUUACAGGCGUGUAAAGAAGAUCUUUAAAGUAUGUAUGCCUAUUAAACAAAAAAUUUCACCUAAUUGUAAGAAAUAUGAUGUUUCACGGCUUCGACUGAGAAGCAAAUCAGCACUUAUCUUGUCGAGGCCUGGUGUACAUUUUAUGCCUCACAAGAGGCAUAUUUUAUUCGAUAAGUUUAAAGCUUACAGCAUUGAAGGAGAUGGCAGUUCUAUGGCGUGCAGGUGA